ACUUCAUUGCCAUCAACGGCUAAAGCCCACCCACAAACAAUAAGCCCACUCUCAUCCAACAGCAAACUCAAAACUCUCACAUAGAUUGCUCGCUGCUCUCACAUUCUCUCUCCGUCUCCGCGGCCUCAAUCUUUGCCGCUUAUCAACGCCACCACCAAGAUUCAAAACAGGAUGCCAAACGAGCACAAGUGAGAUGAAAAAGAAGGGGAAUAGGUGGUGGUGAGAUUAUUGAGAGAGGUAGACCAGUUUUUUCAUUUUUGGAUAGUAAUAAGAUAUGUGUAAAAAUAUUAGAUUAUAUACAUAAAUAAUUUGAAUUUAUAUUAUAAUAUAAAUAAGUAUAUAUCUACACACACUCAGGGUGGGGUAGGGAAAUCCCUCCCAUCCCCUCAUGGUGGUGGGGAAAACUCAUACAGGACAGGAUGAGAGUAUGAGACGGAUUGAAUCGAGACAGAUUUGUGCAGAGGCAACGAUAUUGCAUAACUAGAUGGUUCAUUUUGUUAUGUUAGAUGAUGAAUAAUUUAACAAAGGACCAGAUUGGUGAGGUGAUCAGAAAGCAAGUCAAAGCUUGAAUUGAGGGCAACAAGCAGUAUCCCAACUCUAGGCUUAACUGAGACAUUUGUCAUAACAGGUUAAAAGGUCUGAGGUUGCUGAUAUACAAUGGUUAACGCCACUAAAGGACUGUUCAUUUCCUGUGACAUACCAAUGGCACAAUUCAUCAUAAAUUACAAUGCCUCAUUGCCUGCAUCACAGAAGUUCAUAAUACAAGUUCUGGAUAGCACUCACCUUUUUGUGCAACCCCACGUGGCUGAAAUGAUACGAAGUGCCAUUGCGGAGUUUAGAGACCAGAAUUCAUAUGAGAAGCCAAAUUGAUUCUUUCUUUUUUCUUUUUCUUAUUUUCUUAUUUUAUUAUUUUCUAUUGUCCAUCAAUGAAGAUCUUUCGUAAAUGAUGAUGGGCAUGUAUCAUAAAAACCUGUGCAACUUAUAUGUCAAGUCAUUUUAUAUUGCUUCUCUUA